AUGGCGCGUGGUGACAAUCUGUAUCACUCAUUUGGAGCAACUCUGGCGAGGGAUGAUGAAAAGAAUUUGUGGAGUCUGCCUCAUGAUGUAUCCCACACAGAGGCAGAUGAUGACAGGAUCCUGUACAAUUUGAUAGUCGUCCGAAAUCAGCAGGUUAAAGACUCAGAGGAGUGGCGAAAACUCAACUAUGACAUCUACAGUCUGCGGCAGAUUCGAAGGGAGGUGAGAAACCGGUGGAAGCGUAUUUUAGAAGAUUUGGGUUUCCAAAAGGAAGCAGACUCUUUGUUGUCAGUGACCAAACUCAGCACCAUGAGCGACUCCAAAAAUACAAGGAAAGCUCGAGAGAUGCUGUUAAAACUGGCUGAAGAGACCGCUAUCUUCCCGACCAGCUGGGAGCUCUCAGAGAGGUAUCUCUUCGUUGUGGAUCGUCUCAUUGCUCUAGAUGCUGCUGAAGAGUUCUUUAAAAUUGCUAGUCAAACUUACCCCAAGAAGCCUGGGGUUCCAUGCUUGGCAGAUGGCCAGAGAAACCUACACUACCUUCCACUCCCAAGUCCUUAAAGGAGAGGCUCAGAGACAGUUCUUCCUCUGGGACUCACUGGCUUACCAAAGUUGGACAAUUGCAUGUAGAAGGCUUGCUAAGUGAAACAUGUUUCUGAAUUCUGCAGAAUAUAAGAUCUUCAUGAGGACUUAGUGUAAGAAGUGUUUCGGUCGCGUGAAAACGCCCUGGUGAUCGUGCACCCAGAAAGCAGGCUAAACAGUUGUGUGGAAUAGGUCUUUGUGGGUGGGCAGGUUCUGAGAGCCCACUGCCCUGCUUUGAUUUGGGUAGCUACAGUCAUUCAUCCUAGGAAGGGAUGGAUUUUCUCAUUAAUAAAACAA